AAACGAGACACGAAAUUCUUAUCAAUGGAGAGUUCUGACGUCAACAGCGGCACGAUGACUCGUGGGUCACGUGUCCAGACGCGUCUGUACAAAUGGGAGUUGCGCUGUCCGUGGUCCUGAAAAAAAUCACGCUCCGCAUUCAUCUCUCAACAAGACGGAUCGAAGUGUGUUUCAAAUAAUUCUUGUGGGAAGCAAACUUACUUUAACUCAAGUUUUAAAUGAACUUAAGGAUAGCGGUUGUUUCCAAACCUCAUCCAAGAAGCACAAGGUUUUGAGUUCCAGCUAAUUUGUUCGGGAAAUCAGGUGCUCCCCUCUCCCCCAUCCUGUCCUCUCUGCAUGGUCAUGUUCUGCUGUUGCUACCCCUCCAGCACCUCAGCUCUCCUGUUAUUCCUCCUCAGCCUCACCCCCCUGCUGGCCCUGGCUGGCCCUGCACUUCAGCAGAGAUCUUCAGUCAGCAGCAGCAUCAAUGAGGCUCUCAACUUGGCAAAAGAGGACCCGGGGGCAGCAGAAGGAGCUGCUUGGACACAUAGGAAAGUGGACAGCCUGCUCCAGAAACCCUUGGGACAGGAACAUGUCUCAGAUAUGGACUCUGCCCGUUCUCUAGCCUUGGUUCUGCUUGAGGCUCUUGACCACCCAGUUAGAGAGAAGAUGACCCAGGGGGAUUCUGAAGAAGGACUCGCGAUAGAGGCAAUGAGGAAACAGGGAGACCUUGAGCUGGACACAGAGAAAUCGGCAGAGGUAGUACAGCAAAGGGAGGAAAAUUGGGGACAAGAAAAGCCAAACGAUGAAAGUGAGAGUGUGAAGGAGGACGAAGUGAAUACGGUUGAAGGAACGGACGGGCAGAGUCAGUCUAACGUGGCCAACCCCCUCCAGCGCAAAACCAGGGGCUAUUUUCAAAACAUUGACCUUGGGCUGCAAGACAAUGAGAUCCUCCCGCCUCUAAAAGGCUAUAAAGCCUAUAACCAGCAACUGGCCCAUGCGACCAAGAAGCUUAAGUGGCAGGAGGAGCGAACGAGAAACCCAUCUCAACUUGAAAGAAACUUCAUGGAUGAUUUCGAUUUUGUGGAAGAAGAGGAGGAGAUUCUGACCCGCAAGGAGGAGGAGGCACGGGCACAGGCAGAGCAGGAGGAGGUGAGGCGGCAGGAAGCCGAGGCACAGGAAGCGCGUGAGGAGGAGCAGAGAUUGGCAGACAUCGCCUCUGACAUGCUUCUGGAGUACAUGGGCAGGAAGCCGAAAACAUCGUCCUACAUGAGCGACAUGAAGGUGGCGGCUCUUCUAAACAACGUGGCUGAGGACAAGCGCUCAAACGAGGUGGAGGAUAAUGACGACGAUGAUGAGAUGGAUCCCCAGACCAUCGACAAGUUGAUCGAGAUUUCCAGCAAGCUGCACUUGCCUGCCGACGAUGUGGUCGAAAUAAUCAGCGACGUUCAGGAGAAGAAGAAAAAGAGGAAGGAUUUACCCCCGAGCAACACCCCUCGUUUCCGCCCUCUAGUUCCUCUUAAAGCCAAGCCGAGGCCUCAGGCAUAUCAGUAUCCUAAGUCACCUAAGAAAUCCUCUUAUACUGUCGAUCCAUAUAAGAAAUGGUACAAGGAGAAAAACAAAGGCAAGCUCAGCAAGCAGGACUACUGGUUUAAGCCGCAGAAGCAGUUUCUGGCCUAUCCCUCGUUCCCCUAUUAUCAGAAGCCAUAUCGAGCCUAUUACCCGGUCUUCUUUCCACCCCCCAAGCCACGGUUCUAUACAAAUCCCGCUCUGUCAUUUGACUACAACUUUGGGGGCUCCAUGGGGUAUGGUCUGAAGCCUCCAAGCCGUAGGUACAGAGACAGGCCCAAGGCAAGGGACUGGAAAUGGGCACAAGCCCCGCAACGCUCCCAGAACCCCUACCCACAACCAGACACUGUCAUACCUAAUUACAUUCUCCCCCAUCCCCGAACUUACCAGGCUCUCCCCAUGCCCAAACCACGUUCUCCUCAGGGUGGGAGACCACCUUCUUACAUCUACCCACCAGACUAUGUGUACGAUGAGCCAGAGUCUCCACAGGAGAGCGAUGAAGAACUGGAGAACUUCAUUGAGAAGAUUUAUUACAACCGUAGGUUAUUUUAGUCAGCUGGGAGUUCAGGAUGUUCUAAAGCGAUGAAACUAGCGAUGAAAGAGUGAGGAGAAAAAGCUGACAGGGAGUUUGAGCGACAGGGCUAUGAAAAGACAGUUAGGUGUUUCUUCUCCACUCUUGUGUUUUGAUACAUUCCAAAUCAGGAACGGAAGAGAUGGUGCUGCUUUAUCAGAACCUCUCUGCGUGCACUUAUUUGGUUUCUCUCGCAGUUUACAUUUUAAUUUGGUGAGAGAAUACACAGGUGAAUUUGUAAGGUUUCAUUCAGGUAUGUUUUUGAUUCUCUUGCAUGUGGGGAAAAAAAAGAUAAAACAAAAAGAAACCAAAAACAAGCAGAGAAAAUGGUCAAAGAAAACAUUUUGGUGCCAAUUGCAAGAGACCCAUGUUUAUACAAAGAUUUAUUUUCUUUAGGAAACACUUGAUUAAUUGAAAAGCAAAGCUUGGGGUUGCAUUCUUGAUACUGCAGGGCACAGUAAUAAUUGCUAUGGCACUAGUUACACAAACAAGUAACUGUCAAAUUAUUACAGGCUUUUCCUGAGGGUCUGUUUGAUUGUUUUGAUCAAUGUUCCUAUUGCCUUAAUACUGAUCACUGUUUUCGCUCAUCCAUGUGCAUGCAGGUCUUGCACCACUAAAAAAACAAAAAAAAAUUCUGUCACGCACGCUGUAAACAAUGCUUGAAACUAAAUCUUCCAUUUUAUUCACAGAAAUGCAAAAUGAUGAAUAUCUUUGCUAGGUCGGUGCCCUGUCAAUCUGCUUGGUGGAAUACCUGUACACAUGUGAUUUACUGUAAACUUAGCAUCUUGCCAAAAUUUCAAGCAAAUUAAAAAUAAAUGCCCCUGUUGCUAUGGGUUAUCUCCAAUGUUCAACCACUGAGUACAGGAUCUUUGUCUUGAGAGCCAACAGAACGCUGUAUAGUAAUGUUUGUUCCUAAAAAAAGUUUAAAAAUGUCUGAAGUUGGUGAGGAAUACUCUAAGAGUGAACAGUUUGCACGUCUAUCUGUAUUUGCAUCUUAAAAAAAAAAAAAAAAAAAAAAAGACACAUUUGGGGAAAAUCUCCUUGAUCAAACUGUGAUUAUUUUAAAAAAAGAAAUAAAAAGAAGAAGAAAAAAAAGAAAGACAACUCUAAUUACUAUAGCAAGUGUUUUCAUCAGUGAACUGUCUUGUGAAAGGAAUUUGUUGUUGUCAACUUCCCGAUUGUAAGUUGUACAGUGUCAAAUAAACAAGUGUGUGUGCAAUGUGUAAAUAA